AUGCGCUUGUCAAUUUGGCUCCCCGCGGCUGUGACCGCCUUUGUGAUGCCCUUGGCCGCCAUCGCUGCCGAAGGGCCCAUCUGGAACUACACACCUGCGACUGUGGAAGAAGAAAAGCCAUAUCCGCUCAAAAAUAUGCUGACAUGGAAGUACUACAAGAAACCCACCACAUUCUACUACAACCUGACAUCGGACACCGCUUCCGACACAAACUGGCUCGGCGUCUUCCACGACUAUGGCGGCUUGCCCGUCAACGGCACCAAAGGCAUGGACCCUGCCCUCUGGGUAUACGCUCCAGGCGAAAAAGGCACUGUGCGCCUCGAGACGGAAAAGAUCCCUCCAGGUCCCUACAAGGCCUAUCUCAUGGCAAACGACAGCUACGUGCCCAUUGUGCCGCCCGUCGACUUUCACACGGGCAAGCAGGACAAUGUGCGCUUUUACACCCUCAUUCAGACGAUUCGGCCCGCGCGCAUCGGCGAGUACUGGACCUACGACAUGAGCGGCAUGGUCAACAUUGCCAGCGACGUCAAGAACUUUUACUUUCUCAUCUACUGCAACGGCGACCACUGGGCGCACUCGACCAGGGGCGGCAUCCUGUUCGGCAGGCCGACGAAGCACUCCCGGCGGCCGACGAACCUGGCCGUCAAGGUCAAGACGCGUCGCGGCUUGCACCACUACAUUGAGGUGGUGAUUCCCUUGCGCAAGGCCCACGAGCCGCUGGCGCCGCGGAUCCGCGUCAUGAGCCUGAAUCUGUGGCAAGGCGGCAAGAACGUGGACGACUUUCACGCCAGGCAGAUUCACCAGAUCAGCAAGGCCGACGUCGACGUCGUCAGCUUGCAGGAGACGGAGGGCACGCACGCGCUGCGGCUGGCGCGCGGCCUCGGCUGGUAUGCGCACCAGACGGCCGACGUGGCCAUCAUCUCGCGGUACCCCAUUGUCGAGACGAUCAACGCGACGACGAGCAAGGCGGCGGCGGUGCGCAUCGCGCUGGACGGCGACCGCCAGGACGUCAUCGUCUGGGCCGCGCAUCUGAGUGAGCGGCACAGCAGCUACGGCCCGUACGGCUUCUGCUUCGAGGGCAAAGACGGCGCCGCCGUGCUGCAGGCCGAGCACGACUCGGGCCGCGUCGCCGAGGCGCGGGAGCUGGCCGCCGCGAUGAAGCCAUAUCUCGCCAACGCGGACAAGGUGCCCGUGCUGCUCGCGGGCGACUUUCACUCGCCGUCGCAUCUUGAUUACACUGAGGCGAGCGCGGGCAUGCACUGCGGUGCCGGGGCGGUGGAUUGGCCGGCGUCGCGGAUCAUGGCCGAGGCGGGGCUAAAGGACGUGUAUCGCGAGGCGCAUCCGGACCCGGUGACGCAUCCGGGAUUCACCUGGUCGAUUAUCAAGAAGAAUAACACGGAGCAUGGGGGUAGGCCGGAGCCGCAGGACCGCAUCGACUUUGUGUAUUAUGCGGGCGCGGGGUUGCGCAUGGUCGACUCGGAGCAGUGGGCCUCGGACAUUCCAAAGCCAAAGAUGUUUCCUAAUCACUGGAAGAAUAUGUGGCCGUCGGAUCACCGGGCGCCGGUGACGACGUUUGAAUUCAUUGACUCGGGCAAGGACAAAUCUUGA